UUUGUAAUGGGCCAGCAUCCAUCACAAAGACUGAGCCCAAUAAUCUUUGUGUAAGGCUUUCUAAAACCAUUUUGCUCCUUUGAAUCUCGAUUGUCCCGAGCUACCAAUUCCAUUGCCCAGAAAAACCAGAAAAAAAAAAUGGCGUAUUCGCGUGUUCUAAAAACCCUAAUCAGAUCAACAAAUUUGGGAUCUACGACUCGUAAUUUCAGCCUCGUUAGCAGCCAAAUCAGUAAUCACACUGCCAAAUGGAUGCAGGAUACAAGCAAGAAAUCUCCAAUGGAGUUGAUCAACGAAGUCCCUCCCAUCAAGGUUGAAGGCAGGAUUGUAGCUUGUGAAGGAGACAAUAAUCCUGCUUUGGGACACCCAAUUGAAUUCAUAUGCCUUGACUUGAAAAAGCCAGCUGUAUGCAAGUAUUGUGGCCUGCGCUAUGUUCAGGAGCAUCAUCACUAGAAGUGCUGUGAUGUGUUUCUCCGGUUAUCGGGAUAAUUGUUAUUAUGCGGUAGCCAUGGCACUUUUCUUUACCCAUAUUAAUUUGACGUUUUUUUAUUCACAUAAUAAGCGUUUGAAGGUCUCAUUUGUUGAGGUAUUUCCAAAGUAAAUUUGAACCCCUAUGCUCAAAUUUUCUAAUUGCAUAAUUGUGUUAAUAUCUCAUAUUUCCCAACUUGGGUUAUUGGUUUCUUAUUCCCUGCCUAUCAAUAAUCAUGGUGAUAUUUAAUUAGA